AUGACUCAGAGCGUCCAAGAACUUAUCAGCCGUCAAGAGGCUACUUUUAACAACUUAAAGCAGAUUUGCAUUAACUACAAGAAGGACAGCCCCACCAGAAAGAAUGCAGAAUACCUCGAGGAGCGUCUUUCUCGUCUGAACACGACAUGGGAGAAGUUCGUGUACAAUCAUCAACUUCUAGAAGAGUUUGAAGCAACAGACCUUCAAUACUUUACUGACGAUGUUUACGGCUGCACUAAAAGGAUGUAUGAAGAUGUUUUGCAAGACAUAUUGAAACGGAAGGCGGAAUUACCCACUUCAGCUCCGAGCAAGACGGAAACGUCACCGUCCGCUUCAACAACAAAAGGUAAAAGCUCUGCCGUAUUCAGUUUCGAUGACAUUAAAUUUCAUGUACCUCCACGCGAAACUACUGAGACGUCCGAAAAGCAACAAGAUCUAUUACGCAAGCAAUACUGCAACUUUAGAGCGUUUGAACGAACUGUGGAAAAGAUUGACUUAGCCGCAUCCGCUGAUAAAUGGGAGCUAGAAGAUAACUUGAGCAUGUUGAAGACUAAGUGGGAACAGAUCGAAAAGGCGAACUGGGAACUGGACUACCUCUGGCAAGACGAAGAUUCCAUCUAUAAACAAAAAUAUGACGCCGCGGAACACCUUUAUGAUAAUGUUCGGAAAAGCUUGCAACAAAAAAUAUGGAACAACGCUCACUAUGAGAAGUCCACGCCGAAAAUUGCGAUUCCGGAAUUUUCCGGAGACUACACUCAAUGGCUUACCUUCAAGGACCUCUUCCUCGAGAGUGUGCAUAACAACCCGGCCCUUUCCAAGGCCCAAAAAAUGCAGCACCUAAAAACUAAGCUCAAGGGAGAGGCAGAAAAGUUAGUUCAACAUCUCGGCAUCAGUGCGGAAAAUUAUACAUCUUGCUGGGAACUGCUUACGCAUCGCUACGACAACAACCGGCUUCUAUUUAUAACUUACACGAAUACGUUGAUAAACCAGCCCCCCAUUCAAGAAGCAAGCGCCACCAACAUAAGAAAACUACAUGACGUCAUGUUGGAAUGCUUGAAUGGACUCAAGAACAUAGGGCAGGAUAUCACUAACUGGGGUCCGCUAGUUGCACAUUUACUAUCCCAAAAACUUGAUAGUGCAACUCACAGCGAUUACAUGAGAGAUCUAAAGGAUCCGCGAGGUUUUCCGGACCUCGAGGAGUUUACCGAGUUUCUUGAAGCCAAAUUCAUGGCCUUAGAAGCAUUACAAGGAAGCAGCUCCAAGAUGUCCCUUUCCAACAAAUCAUGGAGAACAAACAAGCAGUCAUUCCACAAAGAAGUAUAUCAAAACAAUUACAAAUACAAUACUCGGAGGUCAAUGCACCAUAACAAGCCAAUAACUACGCCUAAAGUCUUCGUCGCAACAGCAAAAAUUUGCCCGAUAUGCAAAACGGAUCACGUUUUAAUGAAAUGUGACAAAUUUGUUGCUAUGAACGCAAAGGAACGUGACGACACCGUUCGCAAGUUGCAAGUCUGCAAAAAUUGUCUGUACAGUCAUGGCGAAAAACAAUGUUUCUCCCGCAAAAGGUGCAGAGUUUGUCGUAAACCACAUCAUACACUUUUACAUUAUGAUGAAACUCUGCAAACCAGUAAUAAUCAAGCUAACAACAUAACUACGAGCACGCUAGCAACACCUUCUUCAUCUCACGCUGUCAACAAUGUAACUAACGAAGAGAGAGAAGUACUACUGACGACUUUACGAUUGGAAGUCAAAACUGUAGAUGGAAACUACAUUCAAUUACGAGGCUUACUUGAUCAAGGCUCACAAGUCAGUCUCAUAACAGAAAACGCAGCGCAGCGACUUAGGCUACCGCGAAGAAAACUGAGCGCUGUGGUAUCGGGUAUCGGAUCGCUAAGCGGUAACUGCAAGGGAUCAAUGACCCUAGAAUGCAAAUCAAUUCACUCUGAUUAUCGCUUCAACUUGGAAACACUUAUCAUGAAAAAACUUACAAACAACUUACCAACAACAUCCUUUUCAACAAAAAAUUGGAGUUAUCUGGAAAACUUAAAGUUAGCGGACCCUCACUUCAAUAUCUCAGGUCCGAUCGAUCUACUCUUAGGAGCUGACACUUACUCGGAACUUAUACUAAACGGAAUAAUGAGAAGUGAUAGCAGCUACCCCGUUGCGCAACAAACCAGAGUAGGCUGGAUUCUGUGCGGAAACGUAAAAACAUUUAACUGCUUUGUAACUCUCAACAACUUGGAAGACAUGGCAAGGUUUUGGGAAACGGAAGAAUGUGGCGACACUUCAACUAUAACUAGCGAAGAGGAGCACUGCGAAGAAUACUACAACUCGACCACUUCGAGAAUGGAAAAUGGGCAAUAUGUCGUGCAAAUGCCCAUGAAGCCUAACUAUGAAGCUAACCUAAUCGACACAAAGUCCCAAGCAAUAGCGCAGUUUCUGCAACUCGAACGAAAAAUGCUGACAAACAAAAACCUACAACACGAGUACAAACGCUUUAUGGAAGAAUAUAUUACUAUGGGUCACAUGAAACCUGUAAUCACAGAAAAUAAACCUAGAGUCUAUCUGCCUCAUCAUGGCGUACUGAGGGCAGAGUCAACCACGACCAAGUUAAGAGUUGUCUUCAACGCGUCGUACAAAACGAAAAAUAGCAGCAGCCUCAAUGAUAACAUGUACUGCGGUCCUAACCUACAGAAAGACAUGUUUACCCUUCUCACCAGUUGGAGAACUUACAGAUAUGUCUUCACAGCAGAUGUAGAGAAACUCUACCGUUUCAUCUGGCUUCAUGCAGAACAGCAACAUCUGCAAACUAUAAUUUGGAGAUCUCACCCAAAAGAACCGCUACAAGAGUGGGAACUGAGCACUGUAACGUAUGGAAUGAAAUGUGCCCCCUAUCUUGCAAUGCGCACUCUACAUAAACUCGCGCAAGACGAACAGGAUAAUUAUCCCGAGGCCUCAAAGGUACUCAGAAGCUCGUUCUACAUGGAUGAUUUGGUCCACGGAAAAGACACAAUUGAAGCAUCGAAAGAACUAGUAGCCCAGCUUAUCGAAUUACUGAAAAAAGGAGGCUUUAACUUACGCAAGUGGAAAAGUAACGAAACGACGAUCUUAGCCGACCUACGAGAUGAUCAAAGAAGCAGCGACGCUCACAUUAACUUCAGCCCGGAACAAACGACAAACCAAACAACAAAGAUGUUGGGUAUGAGGUGGAACCAAUCGAGUGACUGUUUCACGUACAGCUGGAACUUAUCUGAAAAGAAAACCCUAACUAAGCGAACAUUACUUAGUGAAAUAAGCAAGUUGUACGAUCCGCUGGGCUUCCUAUCACCUUUUAUUAUAAAAACAAAACUAUUAUUUCAAAAGAUCUGGAUCAGCAAAAUCAGCUGGGACGAACGCCUAUGUGAUGAACUAACUAACGAGUGGGAAACAUUGAGGAAAGAAAUCCCUUUGUUAUGCCAAAUAGCAAUGCCAAGAUGGCUACAGUGCCAUGGCACAGAUAUUGAGAUACACGGAUUCUGCGAUGCCAGUGAAAAGGCAUAUGCGUGUGUCCUAUACAGCCGCGUCCGAAAUCUGAACGGCGAGUAUGUCACCACGCUAGUAACAGCAAAAACUAAAGUUGCGCCGCUCAACAAAAGGAUAACUCUACCUAGGAUGGAGCUAUGUGGAGCAUUACUACUCGCUAAACUGAUAGAAAAGGUCAAACAAACACUCGUCGAGAAAAAGCUUCAGAUAAGGUGCUGGAGCGACUCUAAAGUCGUGCUAGCAUGGUUGCAAGGAGAUAUAAACAGAUGGGAAAAUAUGUAG